AUGCAGCUGUCUCGACUGGUCCAGCGAACCUGGGAGUCAGCAGAUUCUGGCUCGGUCCCCGUGAGCCCCCUUGGUGCUGGUGUUAUCCGGAGACGUUUCUCAGGGACUCCCUUGCUGCCACCGCUGUCAAACCGCCUCGGGCCCCCAGGUGAGGUUGAGCCUGAUGCCCCUGUCCUGUUCACCAUCGAGGCUCAAGGGCCAGAGUGGAGCCACGGUCCAGCCCCAGGCAGAAUCCACGGUGGCCAGAGUGGCCACUGCCAAGUUGUGAUCCAGUCUGACUUCCCUCUGCCCUAUACCCACCUGCCCAGCCCUACCGCAUCAGCCGGGCCCGGACAGCUUCUCGCUGUCGCAACUACUCUGAUCCCCCUGAACCUUAGAAGCUUCUCUUUCAGCACCAGAGAGAGGGACAGCGCCGCGGCGCUUGAGGGGGGUCUCCUGAGCCCCUGCCUUCCUGCCCCACAUUCAGCCAAAACCGGAGGGCAAUUUCUGCCUCUACCACCUCAAGCCCUUCUCUUGAGCCUCUUCCAUUCUUGGCCCUGCGGGGGGGGGUGGUCUUCCCAGCCCCUGCCUGCCCCAUCCUUCCACCCCUGCCACCCUUCAGCACCAGCCGGGUACGGACAGCUCCUAGGUGUUUUUCCUACCUUAAUAGCCCCUUAUUCUACCUUCUCCCGGCUUAGCAUCUCCAUCGCAGACAGCCCCUCACUGUCGCGCACCCCCGCCCCUGGUCGGACCCAGGCGGCUCCGAGCCCUCCUCGCCCCUCUCCCCUCCUCUGGCUCAUGGAGACCCCCGGGGUCGGCGAAGGGGCGGAGGCAUCCACCGGGCUGAGCAGUGCUCGUAGCCGCCAAGGCACAGCCAGGCCGCCGAAGCACCUGUGGCGGCAGCCCCGGCGCCCCAUCAGCAUCCAGCAGCGCUUCCACUCGGACCCGGACAAGUCGGUGCGCCGGUCCGGGCUGGAGAAGUCGCGGCGUUCCUGGCCCAACUCCUUCCCCAGGCGCUUUGACCUGGAAAAUGGGCUCUCAUGCGGGAGGAGCGCCCUGGAUACUCAGGCCAGCUCAGGCCUGGGCCGGGCCAGCCAGACCUCUGCCCCCCACAGCCAGCGGCGGGAGUCCUUCCUGUACCGUUCAGACAGCGACUACGAGCUCUCGCCCAAGGCUAUGUCCAGGAACUCCUCCGUGGCUAGUGACCUACAUGGAGAGGACAUGAUUGUGACGCCCUUUGCGCAGGUCCUGGCCAGUCUGCGGACGGUUCGGAGCAACGUGGCGGCCUUCGCCCACCUGCAAGGCCGCGGGGCCGCCAAGUACGCAGAGGGUGGGGCCAGGAGGAGGGGGCGGGACCGCUCGGUACGGGGGAAGGUGCCAGAGGACACUGGGCAGAAGUUGGCAUUGGAGACACUGGACGAGUUGGACUGGUGCCUGGACCAGCUGGAGACGCUGCAGACACGGCAUUCAGUGGGGGAGAUGGCCUCCAACAAGUUCAAGCGAAUGCUGAACCGCGAGUUGAGCCACCUGUCGGAAACCAGCCGCUCUGGGAACCAGGUGUCGGAGUACAUCUUCCAGACCUUCCUGGACCAACAGACUGAGGUGGAGUUGCCCAGGGUGACCCCCGUGGAGACCCCAAGGCCCAUGUCCCAGAUCAGCGGCCUGCGUGAGCUCCCCCACAGUGCCAGCCUCUCUACUGCCUCUGUCCCUCGCUUUGGCAUCCAGACUGACCAGGAGGAGCAACUGGCCAAGGAGUUGGAAGACACCAACAAGUGGGGGCUUGACGUGUUCAGGGUAGCAGAGCUAAGCAGGAACCAGCCCCUCACAGUCAUCAUGUUCAGCAUCUUUCAGGAACGGGACCUACUCAAGACAUUCCGGAUCCCAGCUGGCACACUCAUCACCUACCUGCUGACACUGGAGAGCCACUACCAUGCUGAUGUGGCCUACCACAACAGCUUACAUGCUGCUGACGUGGCACAGUCCACGCACGUGUUGCUGGCUACACCCGCCCUCGAGGCUGUGUUCACAGACCUGGAAGUCCUGGCUGCCAUCUUUGCAAGUGCUAUUCAUGACGUGGACCAUCCUGGGGUUUCCAACCAGUUUCUGAUCAACACCAACUCAGAGCUUGCACUCAUGUACAAUGAUGCCUCCGUGCUGGAGAACCACCACCUGGCUCUGGGCUUCAAGCUAUUGCAGACAGAGAACUGUGACAUCUUCCAGAACCUCAGUGCCAAGCAGCGGCUGAGCUUGCGCAGGAUGGUCAUUGACAUGGUGCUGGCCACAGACAUGUCCAAACACAUGAACCUACUAGCUGACCUCAAGACCAUGGUAGAGACCAAGAAGGUAGCCAGCCUCGGCGUCCUGCUGCUGGACAACUACUCUGACCGCAUCCAGGUCCUGCAGAACUUGGUGCACUGUGCUGACCUCAGCAACCCCACCAAGCCGCUGCCCCUGUACCGCCAGUGGACUGACCGCAUCAUGGCUGAGUUCUUCCAGCAGGGUGACCGGGAGCGCGAGACAGGCCUGGACAUUAGCCCUAUGUGUGACAAGCACACGGCCUCUGUGGAGAAGUCCCAGGUGGGUUUCAUAGACUACAUCGCCCACCCACUGUGGGAGACAUGGGCCGACCUUGUGCACCCAGAUGCCCAGGGCCUGCUGGACACACUGGAGGACAACCGCGCAUGGUACCAGAGCAGGAUCCCCUGCAGCCCCCUGGCCCCCAGAAGCCCCCAGCGUGGCGGUCCUGACAGGUUCCAGUUUGAGCUGACCCUGGAGGAGGAAGAGGAGGAGGAGGAAGGAGAGCCGGUGGCAUUGGAUAGGGAGGCUUCAGAGUUGCCUGACAUUGAGCUCCUGUCCCCCAAGACCAGCCCAGACCCCCAGAUCCCACAGCUGGACAACCAGAGGACCGUGGGCAAGCCUCUCACAGACUGUGAGGGCAACGUGAUGGCCAAGCCCUUUGGCACCUAAGUGCCCCCAG